UCAAAUAACUAGUUUUUUGUUAGAAUCUUUAAAGGAUCAAAAAAACUCAACAACAAAAUAGAAACUAACAAACAAAUAACAAUGGACAGUCUAUAAACAGGCAACGUCUCUGGUAGUGUUUGACUUAACCUAAACGAAACGAUUUCAAAUCGUUGACUUUGGUUUAACAAAAACAUAAAAAAAUUAUGGCUUCAGGACUCGACACUUUUGUAAACCAUACCGUAUCAAUUAUAACAUCAGAUGGCCGUAAUUUUAUCGGCACAUUGAAAGGCUUUGACCAAACCAUAAAUAUAAUUCUUGAUGAGUCACAUGAAAGGGUCUAUUCCACAACUACAGGAGUUGAACAAGUUAUGCUAGGCCUGCACAUUAUUCGAGGCGACAAUGUGGCAAUCGUAGGAUUAAUUGAUGAAGAAGUAGACAAUAGACUAAAUCUAGCUAGUAUUAAGGCUGAACCAUUAAAUGCUGUGGUACAUUAAUUAAAUAAGUUAACUUGCAAGAUGUUUUUAUAUUGUAAAUUUCCAAAAUAA